AUGGCCGAAGGGGGCGAGGGCGAGGACGAGAUUCAGUUCCUGCGAACUGAUGAUGAAGUGGUUCUGCAAUGCACUGCAACCAUUCACAAGGAGCAACAGAAACUGUGCCUUGCUGCAGAAGGAUUUGGCAACAGGCUCUGUUUUUUGGAAUCCACUUCAAAUUCUAAGAAUGUUCCACCGGAUCUCUCCAUUUGUACGUUUGUGCUGGAACAAUCCUUGUCAGUGCGAGCUCUUCAGGAAAUGCUGGCUAACACUGAAGAGAAAGCAGAAGGGCUAGUUGAUGUGGAAAAAUGGAAAUUUAUGAUGAAGACUGCACAAGGUGGUGGUCAUCGAACGCUUCUCUAUGGACAUGCAAUAUUGCUGCGCCAUUCCUACAGUGGCAUGUAUCUUUGCUGCCUCUCCACCUCACGGUCUUCGAUGGAUAAAUUGGCAUUUGAUGUGGGAUUGCAAGAAGACACAACAGGUGAGGCCUGCUGGUGGACCAUACAUCCUGCCUCCAAACAGCGAUCAGAGGGAGAAAAAGUGCGUGUUGGAGAUGACCUCAUCUUAGUUAGUAUAUCUUCAGAAAGAUACUUACAUCUGUCUUAUGGCAAUGGUAGCUUACAUGUUGAUGCAGCCUUCCAGCAAACGCUCUGGAGUGUAGCCCCAAUCAGCUCAGGAAGUGAAGUAGCGCAAGGAUAUCUGAUAGGAGGUGAUGUUCUGAGGCUAUUGCAUGGUCACAUGGAUGAAUGCCUGACUGUCCCUUCAGGGGAACAUGGAGAAGAACAGCGAAGAACUGUCCAUUACGAAGGUGGUGCUGUGUCGAUUCAUGCUCGUUCCCUUUGGCGACUAGAGACUCUAAGAGUUGCGUGGAGUGGAAGCCACAUUAGAUGGGGACAGCUAUUCAGACUAAGACAUAUAACAACAGGGAAAUAUUUAAGCCUCAUGGAUGACAAGAGUCUUCUCCUUAUGGACAAAGAGAAAGCUGACGUGAAAUCUACAGCCUUUUGUUUUCGGUCUUCCAAGGAAAAACUGGAUAUAGGGAUAAGAAAAGAGGUUGAUGGAAUGGGAGCACCUGAAAUAAAAUAUGGUGACUCAGUAUGCUACAUACAACAUGCAGACACAGGCCUGUGGCUCACGUACCAGUCUGUGGAUGCAAAGUCUGUAAGAAUGGGAUCUGUGCAACGCAAGGCUAUAAUGCACCAUGAAGGCCAUAUGGAUGAUGGGUUGACCUUGUCCAGAUCUCAGCAUGAAGAAUCCCAUACAGCACGAGUCAUCCGUAGUACAGUCUUCCUUUUCAACAGGUUUAUAAGGGGCCUUGAUUCUCUCAGCAAGAAAGUGAAAUCUUCCACAGUUGACUUUCCCAUUGAGUCAGUUAGUCUGAGCCUUCAGGACUUGAUCGGCUACUUUCACCUGCCAGAUGAACAUUUGGAACAUGAAGACAAACAGAACAGACUAAGAGCACUGAAGAAUCGACAAAAUCUCUUCCAGGAAGAGGGUAUGAUCAACCUUGUCCUUGAAUGCAUUGAUCGUUUGCACGUGUACAGUAGUGCAGCCCAUUUUGCUGACGUAGCUGGAAAGGAAGCAGGAGAGACUUGGAAAUCUAUUCUGAAUUCUUUGUAUGAAUUACUAGCGGCACUUAUUAGAGGGAAUCGUAAAAACUGUGCUCAAUUUUCUGGAUCUCUUGACUGGUUGAUCAGCAGAUUGGAAAGAUUGGAAGCCUCCUCUGGAAUUCUGGAGGUUUUGCACUGUGUGUUGGUGGAAAGUCCAGAAGCUCUAAACAUUAUUAAGGAAGGACAUAUUAAAUCAAUUAUCUGUCUUUUGGACAAACAUGGAAGAAACUAUAAGGUUUUAGAUGUCUUGUGCUCUCUCUGUGUAUGCCAUGGAGUAGCUGUGCGGUCUAAUCAACAUCUAAUCUGUGACAAUCUCCUACCAGGAAGAGAUCUCCUCCUACAGACACGCCUUGUGAAUCAUGUGAGCAGCAUGAGACCCAAUAUCUUCCUUGGGAUCAGCGAAGGCUCCGCCCAAUACAGAAAAUGGUACUAUGAGCUUAUGGUGGACUACGUGGAGCCCUUUGUUACAGCAGAAGCAACUCAUGUUCGAGUGGGCUGGGCUUCAACAGAGGGCUAUUCACCAUACCCUGGGGGAGGUGAAGAAUGGGGUGGAAAUGGUGUUGGCGAUGACCUGUACUCUUAUGGAUUUGAUGGUCUUCAUCUGUGGUCAGGCUGUAUUGCACGGACAGUCAAUUCUCCUAAUCCACAUUUGUUAAGAACGGAUGAUGUCAUCAGCUGCUGUUUGGAUCUAAGUGCCCCAAGCAUCUCAUUCCGGAUAAAUGGUCAACCAGUUCAAGGGAUGUUUGAGAAUUUUAACAUAGAUGGUCUCUUCUUUCCAGUCGUCAGCUUCUCUGCAGGAAUAAAGGCACGUUUUCUGCUUGGAGGCCGCCAUGGAGAGUUCAAAUUCCUGCCUCCACCUGGGUAUGCGCCUUGCUUUGAAGCUGUUCUACCAAAAGAGAAGCUAAAAGUGGAACAUAGCCGAGAAUACAAACAGGAUCACCGCUGUACAAGAGACCUAUUGGGUCCAACCAUCUCUUUAUCCCAAGCAGCCUUCACACCAGUUGCCGUAGAUACUAGCCAGAUUGUUUUGCCUCCUCACCUGGAAAGAAUUAGAGAAAAAUUAGCAGAGAACAUCCAUGAACUCUGGGUUAUGAAUAAAAUUGAACUUGGCUGGCAGUAUGGCCCAGUUAGAGAUGACAACAAAAGACAACACCCAUGCUUAGUAGAGUUUUCAAAGUUGCCAGAGCAGGAACGAAAUUAUAAUUUACAAAUGUCACUUGAGACACUGAAAACCCUGUUGGCAUUAGGUUGUCAUGUUGGAAUUGCUGAUGAAUAUGCUGAAGAAAAAGUGAAAAAACUGAAACUUCCUAAGAAUUACCAGUUGUCAAGUGGAUACAAGCCUGCUCCCAUGGAUCUGAGCUUUAUCAAGUUGACCCCCUCUCAAGAAGCCAUGGUGGAUAAACUAGCAGAGAAUGCUCAUAAUGUGUGGGCAAGGGACCGUGUCAGGCAGGGUUGGACAUAUGGUAUCCAGCAGGAUGUGAAGAAUCGAAGAAACCCCCGUCUUGUCCCGUAUGUUCUUUUGGAUGAUCGUACCAAGAAGUCAAACAAAGAUAGCCUCCGGGAGGCCGUCCGCACACUUCUUGGCUACGGUUACAACCUUGAGGCUCCUGAUCAAGAUCACGCUACAAGAUCAGACAUGUGCACUGGGAUAAUGGAAAGAUUCCGGAUAUUCCGCACUGAGAAGACUUAUGCAGUGAAGGCUGGAAAAUGGUACUUUGAAUUUGAGACAGUCACUGCAGGAGACAUGAGAGUUGGCUGGACCAGGCCAGGCUGCCAGCCAGACCAGGAACUUGGCUCAGAUGAGCAAGCUUUUGUCUUUGAUGGCUUCAAGGCCCAGCGGUGGCACCAGGGUAAUGAGCAUUUUGGCCGCUCUUGGCUGGCAGGGGAUGUCGUGGGCUGUAUGGUUGACAUGAAUGAGCACACUAUGAUGUUUACCCUGAAUGGUGAAAUCCUGCUCGAUGACUCAGGUUCAGAGCUUGCAUUCAAGGACUUUGAGGUUGGUGAUGGAUUUAUACCUGUGUGCAGUCUGGGCUUGUCUCAAGUGGGAAGAAUGAACUUUGGCAAAGAUGUCAGCUCCCUGAAAUACUUUACUAUCUGUGGCUUACAAGAAGGCUAUGAACCCUUUGCUGUUAAUACAAACAGAGACAUUACCAUGUGGCUGAGCAAGAGACUCCCUCAGUUUUUCCCAGUGCCACCAAACCAUGAGCACAUUGAGGUGAUGAGAAUAGAUGGCACCACAGACAGCUCCCCCUGUUUGAAGGUCACACAGAAGUCCUUUGGCUCACAGAACAGCAAAACAGGCAUCAUGUUUUUUCGCUUGAGCAUGCCUAUUGAGUGUGCAGAAGUAUUCUCCAAAACAUCAGCAGGAGGGUUGCCAGGCACUGGUCUUUUUGGCCCAAAAAGUGAUUUGGAGGAUUAUGAUGCUGAUUCUGAUUUUGAAGUUCUGAUGAAGACAGCUCAUGGUCACCUAGUGCCUGAUCGGGCAGAAAAAGAAGCUACAAAACUGGAGUUCAAUAACCACAAGGAUUACACUCAAGAGAAACCUUCACGUCUUAAACAAAGGUUUAUGCUCAGAAGGACAAAGCCAGAUUACAGCACAAGCCACUCUGCACGGCUCACGGAGGAUGUUCUGGCAGAUGACAGAGAUGACUAUGAUUACUUGAUGCAUACUUCUACGUACUAUUACUCGGUGAGAAUAUUUCCUGGGCAAGAACCCGCUAAUGUCUGGGUGGGCUGGAUUACAUCUGACUUCCAUCAAUAUGACAUGACCUUUGACUUGGACAGAGUACGCACUGUUACAGUGACACUAGGGGAUGAAAAAGGAAAGGUUCAUGAGAGUAUCAAACGCAGUAACUGCUAUAUGGUGUGUGCUGGAGAGAGCAUGAGCCCCGGACAAGGGCGCAACAACAAUGGACUGGAGAUUGGUUGCGUGGUCGAUGCUGCCAGUGGUCUUCUAACCUUCACUGCUAAUGGCAAGGAACUGAGCACCUAUUAUCAGGUUGAACCAAGUACUAAGUUAUUUCCUGCAGUAUUUGCACAAGCUACAAGCCCCAGUGUUUUCCAGUUUGAGUUGGGAAGGAUAAAGAAUGUAAUGCCAUUGUCUGCUGGCUUGUUCAAAAGCGAGCAUAAAAACCCAGUCCCUCAAUGCCCUCCCCGUCUCCAUGUCCAGUUUUUGACCCAUGUGCUGUGGAGCAGAAUGCCAAACCACUUUCUUAAGGUUGAUAUCUCACGGGUCAGUGAACGCCAAGGCUGGAUGGUACAGUGCUUGGAUCCUUUGCAGUUCAUGUCCCUCCAUAUCCCAGAAGAGAACAGGUCUAUAGAUAUUUUAGAACUGACAGAACAGGAAGAAUUGCUGAAAUUUCACUAUCAUACCCUCCGAUUGUAUUCAGCUGUUUGUGCUCUAGGGAACAACCGGGUGGCACAUGCUAUGUGCAGCCAUGUGGAUGAAUCUCAGCUUCUCUAUGGCAUUGAGAAUAAGUAUAUGCCAGGCUUGCUUCGCACAGGCUAUUAUGACUUACUCAUUGACAUCCACCUCAACACCUACGCCACAGCCAGGUUAAUGAUGAAUAAUGAAUUUAUUGUUCCGAUGACGGAUGAGACCAAGAGCAUUACUCUGUUCCCUGAUGAGAACAAAAAACAUGGCCUCCCUGGUAUAGGACUCAGCACCUCACUGCGACCUAGAAUCCGGUUCUCCUCUCCCAGUUUUGUAAGCAUUAGCAGUGAAUGCUAUCAAUUUAGCCCUGAAUUUCCUCUGGAUAUCUUAAAGGCCAAAACUAUAGAGAUGCUGACUGAGGCUGUUCAAGAGGGCAACCUCCAUGUCAGAGAUCCAGUAGGGGGUACUACAGAGUUUCUAUUUGUCCCUCUCAUCAAGCUUUUUUACACCCUGCUAAUCAUGGGAGUCUUCCAUAAUGGGGAUCUGAAACACAUCUUACAGCUGAUUGAGCCCAGCGUUUUCAAGGAAGGCAUGAGCCAGGAGGUUGAGAGUGAAGUGCCAGAGAAGGAGUUGAGUACAGAGGAUCUAAAGCCAGAAGGAGGAGAUGAAGAAGUCAAAGGGGGGCGGGUGCUGAAGGAAGGUCUUCUUCAAAUGAAACUUCCUGAACCAGUAAAAUUACAGAUGUGUUACCUACUCCAGUACCUCUGUGACUGCCAGAUACGUCACCGGAUAGAAGCCAUUGUAGCAUUUUCUGAUGAUUUUGUGGCUAAGCUUCAAGAGAAUCAGCGAUUCCGAUAUAAUGAAGUUAUGCAGGCCUUAAACAUGUCUGCUGCACUGACAGCCAGGAAAACAAAAGAGUUUCGGUCUCCGCCUCAAGAACAGAUUAACAUGCUUCUGAAUUUUAAGGAUGAUAAAAGUGAUUGUCCUUGCUCUGAAGAAAUUAGAGAUCAACUCUUGGAGUUCCAUGAGGACUUAAUGACACAUUGUGGAAUUGAAUUAAAUGAAGAUGGAACCCUGGAUGGAAACAGUGAUUUAACCAUUAGAGGUCGCCUCAUGUACUUAGUAGAAAAAGUCACAUAUUUAAAGAAGAAACAAAAUGAGAAACCAGUUGAUAAUGAUACUAAGAAGCCCUCCACUCUUCAGCAAUUGAUUUCAGAGACCAUGGUACGCUGGGCUCAGGAGUCAGUAAUAGAGGAUCCGGAGUUAGUGAGGGCCAUGUUUGUAUUGCUGCAUCGGCAGUAUGAUGGUAUCGGUGGUCUGGUUAGAAGCUUACCAAAGACCUACACCAUAAAUGGUGUAUCAGUGGAAGAUACAAUCAACCUCUUGGCAUCCCUGGGCCAGAUCCGUUCCUUGCUCAGCGUCAGAAUGGGCAAGGAGGAAGAGAAACUUAUGAUUCGUGGAUUAGGAGACAUCAUGAAUAAUAAAGUGUUUUACCAACAUCCUAAUCUUAUGAGGGCUCUGGGAAUGCAUGAGACUGUCAUGGAAGUGAUGGUAAAUGUACUCGGCGGAGGAGAAUCCAAGGAAAUCACCUUUCCUAAGAUGGUGGCAAAUUGCUGUCGUUUUCUAUGUUAUUUCUGCCGCAUCAGCAGGCAGAAUCAAAAGGCUAUGUUUGAUCAUCUUAGUUACUUAUUGGAAAACAGCAGUGUUGGGCUUGCUUCCCCUUCUAUGCGAGGAUCAACCCCUCUAGAUGUUGCAGCAGCAUCUGUGAUGGAUAACAAUGAACUUGCACUAGCUUUAAGGGAGCCUGACCUGGAGAAGGUAGUUCGCUAUUUGGCUGGAUGUGGUUUGCAAAGCUGCCCUUUGCUGAUUUGUAAGGGAUAUCCAGACAUUGGAUGGAAUCCAGUUGAAGGAGAGCGAUAUCUGGAUUUUCUUCGCUUUGCAGUGUUUUGCAAUGGAGAGAGUGUUGAAGAGAAUGCUAAUGUUGUGGUCAGGCUACUUAUUCGUCGUCCUGAGUGUUUUGGUCCAGCGUUGAGAGGGGAAGGAGGUAACGGGUUACUUGCUGCCAUGGAGGAAGCUAUAAAAAUAUCAGAAGAUUCUACUAGAGAUGGACCUUCCCCAAGUAAUGGAUCCAGUAAAACUCUUGAGAUGGAAGAAGAAGAUGACACUAUCCACAUGGGAAAUGCCAUCAUGACCUUUUAUGCUGCUUUGAUUGACCUCUUAGGGCGCUGUGCCCCUGAAAUGCAUCUAAUCCAUGCUGGCAAAGGGGAAGCCAUUAGGAUCAGGUCAAUUCUGCGGUCUUUGAUUCCCCUGGAAGAUUUGGUGGGUGUAAUUAGCAUUCCUUUCCACAUGCCAACAAUAGCUAAAGAUGGUACUGUGGUGGAACCUGACAUGUCAGCGGGGUUUUGCCCAGAUCACAAGGCAGCCAUGGUUUUGUUCCUUGACAGAGUCUAUGGAAUUGAGGACCAGAAUUUCCUUCUGCAUCUCCUUGAAGUUGGCUUUCUGCCAGAUCUCCGUGCUGCUGCUUCCUUAGACACGGCUGCUCUGAGUGCAACAGACAUGGCCUUGGCUCUGAAUCGAUACCUUUGUACUGCAGUCUUGCCUUUGUUGACCAGAUGUGCUCCUCUUUUUGCUGGCACAGAGCACCAUGCCUCCCUCAUAGAUUCCUUAUUACAUACUGUGUACAGACUCUCCAAGGGCUGCUCUCUUACCAAAGCUCAGCGGGAUUCCAUUGAAGAAUGUUUACUCUCUAUUUGUGGCCAACUGAGGCCUUCCAUGAUGCAACACUUGCUGAGGAGAUUAGUGUUUGAUGUUCCUCUAUUAAAUGAGCAUGCAAAGAUGCCUCUGAAGUUGCUGACAAAUCAUUAUGAAAGAUGCUGGAAGUAUUAUUGCCUGCCAGGUGGGUGGGGCAACUUUGGUGCUGCAUCAGAAGAAGAACUUCAUUUAUCCAGAAAGUUGUUCUGGGGUAUUUUUGAUGCCCUGUCUCAAAAGAAGUAUGAACAGGAACUGUUCAAACUGGCUUUGCCCUGCCUGAGUGCAGUUGCAGGAGCUUUACCCCCAGACUACAUGGAAUCCAAUUAUGUCAGUAUGAUGGAAAAACAGGCUUCAAUGGAUUCAGAUGGGAACUUUAACCCACAACCUGUUGAUACCUCAAAUAUUACAAUUCCUGAAAAGCUAGAAUAUUUCAUUAACAAAUAUGCAGAACAUUCUCAUGAUAAAUGGUCAAUGGAAAAGUUUGCAAAUGGAUGGAUAUAUGGUGAAACAUAUUCUGAGUCGUCCAAGGUGCAACCAUUAAUGAAACAAUAUAAACUGUUAUCAGAAAAGGAAAAAGAAAUUUAUCGGUGGCCAAUCAAAGAAUCCUUGAAAACCAUGCUAGCUUGGGGUUGGCGGAUUGAAAGGACAAGGGAGGGAGAUAGUAUGGCCCUUUAUAAUCGGACACGUCGCAUAUCUCAGACAAGUCAGGUGUCUGUAGACGCUGCCCACGGUUACAGCCCUCGAGCUAUCGACAUGAGCAAUGUUACCCUCUCCAGAGAUCUGCAUGCAAUGGCUGAAAUGAUGGCUGAAAACUACCAUAACAUAUGGGCAAAGAAAAAGAAAAUGGAACUGGAAUCAAAAGGAGGAGGCAACCAUCCUCUUCUGGUUCCCUAUGACACGCUGACAGCCAAAGAAAAAGCCAAAGACCGAGAGAAAGCACAGGAUAUUUUCAAGUUUCUACAGAUCAAUGGAUAUGUUGUCUCCAGAGGAUUAAAGGACCUGGAGUUAGACACACCGUCCAUUGAGAAACGAUUUGCUUACAGUUUCCUUCAGCAGUUGAUAAGAUAUGUGGAUGAAGCCCAUCAGUACAUUCUGGAGUUUGAUGGUGGCAGCAGAGGCAAAGGAGAACAAUUCCCUUAUGAACAAGAAAUCAAGUUCUUUGCCAAAGUUGUGCUCCCUUUAAUUGAUCAGUAUUUCAAAAAUCAUCGGCUGUAUUUCCUAUCUGCAGCAAGCAGGCCUCUCAGCAGUGGGGGACAUGCCUCUAACAAGGAGAAAGAAAUGGUGACAAGCCUGUUCUGCAAACUUGGAGUUCUUGUCAGGCAUAGGAUUUCACUGUUUGGAAAUGAUGCAACAUCAAUAGUCAACUGUCUUCAUAUACUUGGCCAGACUUUGGAUGCAAGGACUGUGAUGAAGACUGGUCUGGAGUCUGUUAAAAUGGCAUUGAGAGCAUUUUUGGAUAAUGCUGCAGAAGAUCUGGAGAUGACAAUGGAAAAUCUUAAACAAGGCCAGUUUACACACACAAGAAAUCAACCAAAGGGGGUGACACAAAUCAUUAACUACACCACAGUGGCUCUCCUGCCAGUGCUCUCUUCAUUAUUUGAACAUAUUGGACAGCAUCAAUUUGGAGAAGAUCUAAUAUUGGAAGAUGUUCAGGUCUCUUGUUACAGAAUAUUGGCCAGCUUGUACUCUCUAGGAACCAGCAAGAGUAUCUAUGUGGAGCGGCAGCGCUCAGCGUUAGGAGAAUGUUUGGCUGCUUUUGCUGGUGCCUUCCCUGUGGCCUUUUUGGAAACUCAUCUGAACAAACAUAAUACCUACUCUAUCUACAACACCAAGUCUACAAGAGAUAGAGCAGCUCUUAAUUUGCCAAUCAGUGUAGAAGAGAUUUGUCCAAAAAUUCCUUCCCUGGAGAAGUUAAUGGAAGAAAUAGUGGAAUUGGCAGAGUCUGGUAUUCGUUACACACAAAUGCCACAUAUAAUGGAAGUGAUAUUGCCUAUGCUGUGUAGCUACAUGUCACACUGGUGGGAACAUGGGCCGGAAAACAAUCCUGACAAGGCUGAAAUGUGCUGCACGGCCUUGAACUCAGAGCACAUGAACACUCUGUUGGGUAACAUACUGAAAAUAAUCUAUAACAACCUAGGUAUUGAUGAGGGAGCCUGGAUGAAGAGAUUAGCAGUGUUUUCCCAGCCUAUCAUAAUCAAAGUGAAGCCCCAGCUUUUAAAGACCCACUUCCUGCCACUGAUGGAUAAGUUGAAGAAAAAAGCAGCAAUGGUUGUAUCAGAUGAAGACCAUCUAAGAGCAGAAGGCAGAGGUGACAUGUCUGAGGCUGAACUGCUUAUCCUGGAUGAGUUCACCAUUUUGGCACGGGACCUCUAUGCCUUCUACCCUUUGUUGAUUAGAUUUGUGGACUAUAACAGGGCAAAAUGGCUGAAAGAACCCAACCCGGAAGCAGAGGAACUGUUCCGCAUGGUGGCUGAGGUAUUCGUUUACUGGUCAAAAUCCCAUAAUUUCAAAAGGGAAGAGCAGAAUUUUGUGGUACAGAAUGAAAUCAACAACAUGUCUUUCCUUAUUACUGACACCAAAUCCAAGAUGUCUAAGGCAGCUAUUUCUGAUCAGGAGAGAAAGAAAAUGAAGCGAAAAGGGGACCGAUAUUCUGUACAGACAUCUCUCAUUGUAGCAGCACUGAAGAGAUUACUACCUAUUGGUCUAAAUAUUUGUGCACCCGGAGACCAAGAGUUAAUUGCACUGGCUAAGAACAGAUUCAGCAUGAAGGACACUGAGGAUGAAGUUAGGGAUAUUAUCCACAGUAAUCUUCAUCUUCAGGGCAAGCUUGAAGAUCCUGCCAUUAGGUGGCAGAUGGCACUUUACAAAGAUUUACCAAACAGGACCGAAGAUACUUCAGAUCCAGAGAAGACCGUGGAAAGAGUUCUGCAUAUAGCUAAUGUACUUUUCCACUUGGAACAGGUUGAGCAUCCUCAGAGAUCCAAAAAGGCAGUGUGGCACAAACUGCUGUCCAAACAGAGAAAAAGAGCAGUAGUGGCCUGCUUUAGAAUGGCUCCAUUAUAUAAUCUGCCCAGGCAUCGAGCUGUCAAUCUCUUUCUUCAAGGUUAUGAAAAGUCUUGGAUUGAAACAGAAGAGCAUUACUUUGAAGAUAAACUGAUAGAAGAUUUAGCAAAACCUGGAGAGGAGCCACCAGAGGAGGAUGAAGGCAUUAAAAGAGUUGAUCCACUGCAUCAUCUUAUUCUGCUUUUCAGUCGAACAGCCUUAACUGAAAAAUGCAAACUGGAGGAAGAUUACUUAUAUAUGGCAUAUGCUGACAUUAUGGCAAAGAGUUGUCAUGAUGAAGAGAAUGAUGAUGGUGAAGAAGAAGUGAAGAGUUUUGAAGUCACAGGAUCGCAACGCAGCAAGGAAAAAGAAAUGGAAAAACAGAAGCUUCUGUACCAGCAAGCAAGACUGCAUGAUCGGGGUGCUGCAGAGAUGGUGCUUCAAACAAUCAGCGCCAGCAAAGGUGAGAUGGGUCCCAUGGUUGCCUCCACCUUAAAGCUUGGGAUUGCCAUCUUAAAUGGAGGAAAUUCUACAGUUCAACAGAAAAUGCUCGACUACCUCAAGGACAAAAAGGAUGUGGGCUUCUUUCAGAGCCUUGCUGGUCUUAUGCAGUCAUGUAGCGUUCUUGACCUAAAUGCAUUUGAACGCCAAAACAAAGCAGAGGGCCUUGGCAUGGUGACAGAAGAAGGAUCAGGAGAAAAGGUAAUGCAGGAUGACGAAUUCACCUGUGACCUCUUCCGCUUCCUCCAGUUGCUUUGUGAAGGACACAGUUCAGAUUUUCAGAAUUAUUUGAGAACUCAAACUGGUAACAACACAACUGUCAAUAUUAUAAUCUCCACUGUGGAUUACUUACUGAGAGUUCAGGAAUCAAUUAGUGAUUUCUACUGGUAUUAUUCUGGGAAAGAUGUUAUUGAUGAGCAAGGACAACGUAAUUUCUCCAAAGCAAUUCAAGUUGCAAAACAGGUCUUCAAUACUCUCACAGAGUAUAUUCAGGGUCCAUGUACAGGGAACCAGCAGAGUCUGGCACACAGCAGGCUGUGGGACGCAGUGGUUGGUUUUCUUCAUGUGUUUGCUCACAUGCAGAUGAAACUAUCUCAGGAUUCCAGUCAAAUUGAAUUAUUGAAAGAGUUAAUGGAUCUUCAGAAGGAUAUGGUGGUCAUGUUGCUGUCUAUGCUGGAAGGUAAUGUUGUGAAUGGAACUAUUGGCAAGCAGAUGGUUGACAUGCUAGUGGAGUCUUCCAACAAUGUGGAGAUGAUUCUGAAGUUUUUUGAUAUGUUCUUAAAGUUGAAGGAUUUAACUUCAUCUGAUGCAUUCAAGGAAUAUGACCCUGAUGGUAAGGGUAUAAUUUCAAAGAGGGACUUUCAGAAAGCCAUGGAAAGCCAUAAGCACUACACCCAGUCUGAAACUGAGUUUCUACUAUCUUGUGCUGAGACAGAUGAGAAUGAGACUCUGGAUUAUGAGGAAUUUGUGAAACGAUUCCAUGAACCUGCCAAAGACAUUGGUUUCAAUGUUGCUGUUCUUCUGACCAACCUUUCAGAGCACAUGCGCCAUGAUACUCGAUUGCAGACUUUUCUUGAGCUAGCAGAGAGCGUUCUGAAUUAUUUUCAGCCCUUUCUUGGACGCAUAGAAAUCAUGGGUAGUGCAAAGCGCAUUGAGCGAGUUUACUUUGAAAUAAGUGAGUCAAGUCGGACUCAAUGGGAGAAACCUCAGGUUAAAGAGUCAAAGAGGCAGUUUAUCUUUGAUGUAGUAAACGAAGGAGGGGAGAAGGAAAAGAUGGAACUUUUUGUUAAUUUCUGUGAGGAUACCAUCUUUGAAAUGCAGCUAGCUGCCCAGAUCUCUGAGUCAGAUUUGAAUGAGAGGUCCACAAAUAAAGAAGAGAAUGAAAAAGAUAAGCCUGAGGAACAGGACCCUAGCAGGGGCUUCUUCUCCCUUGUGACUGUCAAGGCAGCCUUGGUAGCCCUCAAGUAUAAUAUAAUGACUCUUACAAAAAUGCUCAGCAUGAAGAGUCUAAAGAAGCAGAUGAAGAAAAUGAAGAAAAUGACCAUGAAGGACAUGUUCGUGGCUUUAUUUUCUUCCUACUGGAGCAUCUUGAUGGGCUUAUUGCAUUUCACCUGUAGUGUUUUCCGGGGCUUCUUUCGCAUCAUGUACAGUUUGCUACUUGGAGGAAGCCUGGUAGAAGGGGCUAAGAAGAUCAAGGUAGCAGAACUUUUAGCCAAUAUGCCAGAUCCCACUCAGGAUGAGGUACGUGGCGAAGGGGAAGAGGGAGAAAGGAAACCCACAGAAGCUGCAUUGCCAGCAGAAGAUCUAACUGAUCUGACAGCUUUAUCAGAUGAUGGUGACCUACUCUCAGACAUAUUUGGCUUGGACUUGAAAAGAGAAGGAGGCCAGUAUAAGCUGAUUCCUCAUAAUCCAAAUGCUGGUCUGAGUGAUUUGUUGAGCACAUCUUCCUUACUCCCAUUACCUGAGAUACAGGAAAAAAUUCAGGAGCAGAAAGUGAAUGAAGAUGAAAAGGAGGAGAAAGAAGAAACUAAAUCAGAACUUGAAAAAGCAGAGGGAGAGGAUGGAGAAAAGGAAGAAAAAGCCAAAGAAGACAAAGGGAAACAGAAGCUGAGACAGCUUCAUGCACACAGAUAUGGAGAACCAGAAGUCCAGGAAUCAGCCUUCUGGAAGAAAAUCAUAGCAUACCAGCAGAAAGUUCUUAACUAUUUUGCUCGCAAUUUUUAUAACAUGAGGAUGUUGGCUUUGUUUGUUGCUUUCGCCAUCAAUUUCAUCCUGCUCUUCUAUAAGGUGUCCACCUCUGCUGUGAUAGAAGAGAAGGAAAUUCUUGUGGUAAAUGCUGAGGAAGACUCCAACUUAAACAGCCUCGAAAGCGGCUCCCAUCGGAUCAUCACUGUACACUAUGUCCUUGAAGAAAGCAGUGGCUAUAUGGAACCCACACUGCGGAUUUUGGCCAUCCUACACACAGUCAUCUCCUUUUUCUGCAUCAUUGGAUAUUACUGUUUGAAAGUUCCACUGGUUAUUUUUAAGCGUGAAAAGGAAGUUGCAAGGAAAUUGGAAUUUGAUGGGCUGUACAUUACAGAACAGCCUUCAGAAGAUGAUAUUAAAGGGCAGUGGGACAGACUCGUCAUCAACACACAAUCAUUUCCUAACAACUAUUGGGAUAAGUUUGUUAAAAGAAAGGUUAUGGAUAAAUACGGGGAGUUCUAUGGCCGGGACAGAAUCAGUGAGUUACUAGGAAUGGACAAGGCAGCUCUGGAUUUUAGCGACGCCCGCGAAAAAAAGAAACCAAAGAAAGAUAGCUCCUUAUCUGCAGUACUAAAUUCCAUUGACGUAAAGUAUCAGAUGUGGAAAUUAGGAGUUGUUUUCACUGAUAAUUCUUUCCUUUAUCUAGCCUGGUAUAUGACUAUGUCAAUCCUUGGCCAUUACAACAACUUUUUCUUUGCUGCUCAUCUCCUUGACAUUGCAAUGGGAUUCAAGACACUUCGAACUAUUCUGUCAUCAGUAACCCACAAUGGCAAACAGCUUGUGUUAACAGUGGGAUUACUGGCAGUGGUAGUCUACUUGUACACAGUAGUGGCAUUCAAUUUUUUCCGUAAAUUCUACAACAAGAGUGAAGAUGGAGAUAUGCCAGAUAUGAAAUGUGAUGAUAUGCUAACAUGCUACAUGUUUCAUAUGUAUGUCGGAGUGCGUGCAGGCGGAGGCAUUGGUGAUGAAAUUGAGGAUCCAGCAGGAGAUGAAUAUGAGAUCUAUCGGAUCAUCUUUGACAUUACUUUCUUCUUCUUUGUAAUUGUCAUUCUGCUAGCCAUCAUACAAGGUUUAAUUAUUGAUGCUUUUGGAGAAUUAAGAGACCAACAGGAACAAGUUAAAGAAGACAUGGAGACCAAAUGCUUUAUCUGUGGGAUAGGCAAUGACUACUUUGACACAGUGCCCCAUGGCUUUGAAACACACACCCUGCAGGAGCACAACUUGGCCAAUUAUCUAUUUUUUCUGAUGUAUCUCAUUAACAAAGAUGAAACAGAGCAUACAGGACAGGAAUCCUAUGUAUGGAAAAUGUAUCAAGAACGAUGCUGGGAGUUUUUCCCUGCUGGUGACUGCUUCCGAAAACAGUAUGAAGACCAGCUCAACUAAAUGUGAAUGAGGAUCGCCACUGAAAAUAUAUCUAUCCAUCUCCCAACUCUUUAGGGAAGAACUGAUUUCUCGACUCUCCAAAGCUGUGUGCUUUUUGAAGCACCAAAGCUAUGUUUCUCAUUACCUGACUGUGCUGGGUUUUUUCCCUGUUUAUUUUCUUUGAGAACAAUGGAGUAAAGAACAAUGAAAACUUAAAACAAGCAACUCAUGGGGGGAAAAACCACACACCCACACAUAAAUCCCCAUACGUAACAUGCGCACACACAAAGAGGCAAUUAUUUUAUGAGGCUGCCAGAUGAAUCCCUUGAUUCUGAGAAACACAUGGGGUAAUGUGGUAGUGGCAUUCAUUCAAUCUAUUUAUUUCAUCAUCCUGGAAGAAACUAUAUAGUUCAUAGAGCACUGUAAAGGAUUGUUUUGGACACUAAGUUGUGGGGAAAUAGUGCCUUACUAUAUGUGGGUUGAGCUAUGCAGAAGAUGAGUGCAUGAUGACAUCUUAUCUUUUCUUUGUGCCCUCCCUUUCUUCCCAAUUAAUAUUUAUUUUGUGUUUUGGUGAGGUUGUGGGGGGGAGGGGUUUGACUGUGCACACCUUUUUAAUAAGACUCUGGCGUGUCUCAGGACAAGAGUAGGGUAUUCUCAUCAAGCUAAAUUCACAUUUACCUUCCUCUUUUGCUCUCGCUCUUAUUUUGGUAAUGCUGUGAUGCAACACUGCAACUUUAUGAAAUCUUUGUAUGAAAACAGACUGAAAAACACUUUAAAAAGAAAUAUUUCAUUGCAUGUUUAUUAUGCAAGUUUAAAACCAAGAAACAAAAAAUAACAACCUUCAAAAGCAAGUUGAUCAACGUGAGAAAAACAAUCACAAUAAUUAUACUCAUAGUAAUAAAGUGUUGUGGGCUUUAUUGUACAUUUGGAAUCAGUGUCAUCAGCCAACAAUGUAUAUGUUAUGAACUUAAUGAUAGUUUUGGUUUAAUUCCUUUUUCUCUUUCUUUCAUUUUUGCCACCUGUGAUCAAUAGUAGAGUUAAAGAUUUUCUUGUUAGACCAUUUUUUAAAAUCAAAGCUGAAGCAAUAUCCAUUCAGGGAUUCCAUUUGGUCCAUCAUGAAGCACCAAUGAUGUGUACAUCACUCCAUUUUGAGUCCUUUUCAAUUGUAAUGGCAAUCUUUACAAAUAAAAAGAGAAAUUCAGAAUGGAAGCUAGGUGGUUCUGCUAACAUUUGAGCCUUUUCUUACUGAGUUUACUAGUUAAUACCUGAUUUAACAAUCAG